AUGCCCAUCACCGCCGACCAGGAACGGGAGCUCCUCAAUCGCUACAAGCUCACGACUCUCUACCCAAACGAAUGGCCUCACCAGAACGACGACGACGACGACGACGACGAUGAUGAUGACUCCUCUGAAAGCGACACCGAUACCAAGCGCAGCCGACGCGGAUCCAAGUACUCGAAAAUCGACAGUCACGCGAGUUUGAAGAGCAGCAUCACCUCACGCAGCGCUCCCAGCAAUGAUGUUGGUGUUCAGAAGGACGAACCGGAUGCGCUGGGCAUGGCACCCAGUGUUGCGGGCGAGCUACGCAAGAGAGGCUUGCCGGUAGAGGACAAUCUCGCUCUGCGAAACAAGUUCAUGUUGAGCUCUACCAGUUUCAGCCCGGCGCUGUAUCUGUCGCAGGUGCAUCAGAAUGCGAGCACGGAGGAGCUGCUACGAGGCCUGGACUUUUUGAGCAAAAGCAUUGAACAGAAGAGUGCCAGCCUGAAGGUCUUGGUAGAGAGCAACUUCGAGCGUUUCGUCAGGGCCAAGGCAACCAUCGACACCGUCUAUACCGAAAUGCGCACACAAGGCGUGGAGCCAACACGACUUUCGCAAACACCCUCCGCCGGAACGACUAGUAGCAUGCGCCCCCACUCCCGCCAAACAAGCAAGAACCAAAGCCACUUCCGCAACACCAGCGGCCCCUUCGGCUCACAAGCAAAAGCCAUGCCCAUAGACAAGAAAAAGAACGCCCUCACCAAAGAAUCCGAAUACGGCGUCCAAGGCAUCAAAGCACCUCUCCAAGAAGUCGCGAUCAAAGCAGAAGAAGUUUGGGGCCCAGCCCUAGGCGGCCGCGAAAAGGAGGAAACCCUAAAAGCCCUCCAAAACGCCCUCGAACAACAUCGCGAAGUCUUCACUCUCAGCGGCAGCAUCCACGAAGCGAUCAAGAAGAACGAUUACGACGGCGUGGUCGAUGGGUACAAGAAAGCGAAAUCACAUGCAGAGAAGGCCAGGAAGAUUGCGGAAAUCGCUCAAGAAAAUGAGAUGGAGCUAGGCGACCAGGAUACCCACCAGGUGAUUGUGACAGCGAGGAUGUGGCAUGGUGUGAAUGUGCAGGUUGAUCAGUUUAAGCAGGAGGUUUGGAGACGGUUGAAGACGAGUCACGGGAAGAGGCCGGCUGCUGUGGCAGAUGAGUCGGAUAAGGAGUUGCAUAUGGAGUUGUUGUCGACGUUGCUGCAGCUUGGGGUUGAUGAGAAUCCGAUCUGGGUCUGGAUCAACAGUCACUACCUGUACCUGAAAGACAGAAUCGCGCGAUCGUUCGAGAGAAGCAGGAUUGAGGUUGAGAUUCUACGGCGAAAAUUGGCUGCCAACCCAAACAUGGAAAAUGCGACCCUGGCCAAGCACUUGCGGACUGCUUUCAAUGCUUCCGGUUCGAUGUGGCUUGCCAGAGAUCCAGCAAGAGACAUGGACCAACCUAAUGUUAUCGCUUUCUGGGAGAAGGUCCAUGCAUCACUGGUAUCUCUUCUGUCGCCGCAAGCAGGUGUCCUCUCGGAAGUGCUAGAGUGGUACAACACUGCUCAAGACUUCAUCGACAACAAAGCACAAAAGUCAUUUCCCACAGCAGUCUUUGCGUCAGGCUUCACCCACCUCUCCCUCGAGCCGGAACACAUCGACGCCAUUCGCUCCGCUGCAGUGGAACUGGUUGGCCUACUACGCGAGAACGUCAAUUCUUUCUUUCGAGACGCGCCAGUAGAAGACAUUAGCGAGCUAUACUCACCCAUACCCCCAACGCCAAUCUCACCAGACCUCAAAACACCACUGUCGCCAAAUGUCAUACGCAGCUCCAGCUUCGACCCUCACAACAUCCCACCCCCUAGCCCGAGGCGAGGCGAAGCAUACGAGAAGUUCGCUUUCUGGCCACCAGGAGCCAAUUCGUUGUCUGGCGCCCACUAUCUCGCCCGCUACCUAGCCCAAGUCGGGACAGCCAUGGGCGAGAUGGCAGGCAUGGCAGUCAUCAAACAAUCGAACGACAGCGAGAAGUUAAAAGCCCUCGUCAUCAACGUCCGCGAACGCCUCAUCACAGCAAUCUGCUCCAGCUGGAGCGCCGAUUCGGAGAAAUGCAGAGUCCUCGAAAGCUGGACCCGAAGCCCCGAUCGCCGCGACCUCACCCUCAUGCCCACCUACUUCGAAGCGUGGGAGGAGCAGGUGCUUAGUAACGUGCAGAAGAUCGCAUACGUUUCCGACGCUGUUGUCGCUAAGAGCGGCGCAGGAGCCGUGGAUGUUAUUGCGCCUCCUUCUGCUAAGCUGUUGCAGGUUGUGCGAGGGUGUUUUACGACGAGUUUGUAUAAGAGUUUGAAUGGGAUGGUGGAGAAUGCGGAGAAGUUGAAGAGUGAUAGGAAUGGGGUUGGGGAGGAGGUUGAUCCGGAGGGGGUCACGGUGCCGAGGAAGAGGGAGGUUGAUGGGGAGGUGGCUGGCGCGGUUGGGGUUGAGGCUGUGGAUGCUUCGAAUAAAAACGUUCGAAUGCUGUUGACGCUUUCGAACCUCAAUCACCUUCGCAGUGAGGUGAUCCCACAGUUGAUCUCCCACUUCGAAUCCGCCUUCUCGGUCAAGCUUACGGAAGAAUCGAAGACCAUUCGCGACGUUCUGGCCCAAAUCGACGCCCGCCUCUUCCAAUCCUACGUCGACCCUACUAUCAAGGUCCUCCAGCAGACCAUCGCGGCAGGCAUUGCAUCACCUACAUGGGUACCUUCCACUCCACGACCAAUCGAUGCGCGCCCUUAUGUCUACGAUGUGCUGAUUAGUCUGGUGUUGGUCCAUGCCGAGGUCACGAGUACCACCACGACAACACUAACAGGCCAAAUCCUCUCCUUCCUCCUAGAGCACUGCUCCAUGGCCCUAAUCGAAGCCUUCAAACGCCGAACCCAUUACUCCCUCCCCGCGCUCAUGCAGGCUACAUUGGACGUGGAAUUCAUGGCGCAGACUCUCAACAACUACACAACCGACAAGGCCGGCGAAGUGCAGAGCCAAAUUUACCUAGCGCUUGAUGAGCGCACGGAUAAUGAUGCGAGGGCGAAGCUGCAGGGCGAGUUGCCUGAGAUGCGUGGAAUCUUGAAGAAACUUAGAGAGAGCACUAAGGGUGAAUUCGGCUGUUUCCGCCGCGAGCGGAGAGGCAGGAGAGAUGCUGGGAGCCGGGAGGGGGCGAAGGGGUAG